UGUGUUAAAUUGAUUUUACAAUUUCAACUCGAGUGUGAUGAAUGCUUAAAAUUUCCCAAAAACUGCUGCUCAUAGGAAUCAAACUCUCAACCCAACCCAAGAAUUCAAAGUUCAAACAAUCACUUUUUACGAUUCCACUUAACACCCUAUAAUAUUUGUCAUAACCUAUUAACCUUAGAUGAGUCAAAUUGGAUUGAAGAAGUUAAUAUAGCCAAACCAAGAAAGAAGGAGCAAGUGCUGUAGUGUUCUGGUAGCCAUAAAUGCCAAUGCUCAGCAGAAGCACUUCCCUAUAAUUAAUGUCUAGUCCUUUUUCACACUAAAAAACAAUUCAAUUCCCCACCAAAUAGGCCAAUAAAUACAUACACACACACAAAAUAUUAACCUUGGAAACCCCAGCACAACCCGACAUAACUUUCCACCUUCCAAAAACCCCAUGCCAAUACCCUAUGAUGGUUUAAUUUGCCUGUUUUUCUGCCUUCUGUUUCCACUUCAGUCACUUCAUUCUUUUGAGUCUUCAAUAUUUUAUCAGUAAAGGGAGAGCUUCAAUGGAGUUAACAACCAUCAAAUGGAGUAAUGGGAAAAGAAAUAACAUGAUGGAGGAGCAAGCAAAGGAAGAGUUGGAGAUCCUUGAAGACCAAUAUCCCAAUCAAUAUGAGUUUCUGAAGCAAGAACUCAGGACCUUCAUCCUUGAACUCCAGAACUCCAAGCACCAGGAUUCUGAGCUUCUUCCUCAGAACAAUCACUGCAACACUUCCCUUGCUCUUCUGCUUGAUACAGAAGAAUCCACCAGCUUGGAGCAAGUGAAGAAGAGUAACUGUGGUGGCACAGAACUUGCGCUUGAAGCAGACAGAGAUGUGAUGCAGGGGAAGGUUGAUGAAAGUUCUGAGCUUGAGUCUCUCAAGGCUGUUGUAAAGGAGCAAAACUCUAGCAGGAAGAAGAAGAGGAAAGAUAGGGUCGAUUUGGUUCUUGAGAGGGCACAGAACUGUUUGAAAAAGUUACAACAUUUGAAGACAUCCUUAUUAUCUCCCUCAUGAAAUUUGGAUGUAAAAGCCAUGUAUAUGCAAGUGGAUAUUAUGUAACAGCACUCUUAUCUUGUUUCAA